UACUGCUACUCAUCAACGGUUGCUGUUACAGUUGCUAGGCGACAACAACAGUCCUCCGUAGGCGUCUCAUUUAUCAACACUUGGUUUGACCUUUGCGGCCUUCAAAGGAUGCAGCGUCUGAACUGGGGGUCACGGAUAACGAGAGAGGACCCAAACGCGAUAGCAGGUGUGUUUGGUGAUUCAGUGUCAGUGAUGGAGGGAGAUUCUGUUACUCUAAACACUGAUCUCACUGAAAUACAGGAAGAUGACGAUAUUCAGUGGAAAUAUGGAGCUGAAAACUCUCUGAUAGCUAAAAUCAGUAGAUCUGCUGGAUUCUUCUCCACAUAUUAUGUUCCUGAUGGGAGAUUCAGAGACAGACUGAAGCUGGACGAUCAAACUGGAUCUCUGACCAUCACACACACCACAACUGAACACACUGGAGUUUAUAAACUACUGAUAUUUGGAACUAAACUGACCUUUAAAACGUUCAAUGUUUCUGUCUAUGCUCGUCUGCCUGUUCCUGUCAUCAUCAGUAACUCUUCACACUGCUCUUCAUCAUCAUGUUCAUUGGUGUGUUCAUCAUCAGUGUUGAGUGUGUGUGAUGCGACUCUGUCCUGGUACGCAGGAAUGAGUGUAUUGUCCAGCAUCAGUGUGUGUGAUCUCAGCAUCAGUCUCUCUCUACCUCUGGAGGUGGAAUAUCAGGAUAAAAACACCUACAGCUGUGUGCUGAACAAUCCCAUCAGCAACCAGACCACACAUCUGGACAUCAACACACUCUGCAGACACACAUGUGCAGAAGGCCACGCCCCCUGUUGUGAGUCUGUUGAAGCUGUGCUGCGAUUGGUCGUCACUGCGCUGAUGGGCGUGGCUUCUGCGGCUGCUGUUUUUCUUCUGGUCAAUGACGUCAGAGCUUCAAGAGGAUGACAAGAGAAAACAGAGCAUGUUAUAAAUAUAGUGGGAUAUAUUGGAGUUUUA